AAGGCUUGCUUUGGAGUAGAAAAAUCGUAAGGACACGGUCGCUUCUUGGCAUCACAAUCUCACUCUCCUUGAAUCCAUCGCAGGCAGCCUCAAUAUGAAUCGAAUGCCUUGAACCCAUUUAUCAUCAAUAUUCCAUUCAAAACAAAGUCAAGAUGCUAAUAUGGAUUAAUUCUUAACCUUAAUCAUAAUACAUACAUACAUUAAUUAACCAUGCCGUCCGCAUUAACCACCACCCUCAUCCAAUCCACCUUUCUCAACGUCUUCUCCAACCUCCUGGCGCAAGUGAUAGACCAGCAUGGGAAAAACAAACCAUUCACCCUAAACGUCCUCGCGCUCCUCCAAUUCAUGACUUACGCCAUCAUCAUCGUCCCCAUCAACUUCGUCUGGCAGAAACAUCUCGAAGCGCGAUAUCCCGGUUUUCCACGCGCAUCUUCUACCCAAACUAACAAUGCAUCUGCACUGGGCUCUACAGCUGCAUCAGGCUCAGAUGCAGCAGCAGCGCGCUCAUCCAUCGACGCCGAAGAUCUCCUCCCGAGAAAGGAGAAACCGGCGCGCUGGAAACCAGCUCGUCCCCAGCUGCAGAAACAGUCUGGAUUACGCAAUUUUGCGAUAAAAUUCAUCCUCGACCAGACGGUGGGGUCGGUGAUGAAUAUUGUGCUUUUUGUGAUUUUGAUUAAUUUGCUCAAGGGGAGUGGGUGGGGGAGGGCUUGGGAGUUGGUUUGUGAGGACUUUCGUCCGAUCAUGAUUGCCCGGCUCAAGUAUCGGCCUAUCGUGUCGACGCUGUUGUAUACGGUUGUCCCGGUUGAUAGACGGGUGGUGUUUGGGAGUGCGUGUGGAGUGAUUUGGGGUGUUUAUUUAAGCCUUUAUGCUGCUGUUUAACCUUUGAUAUCUUUCAUUCUCUUGUUGAUUCCCAUAGAUGUUCGUCUUUGCAAUUCAGUUUUUUAUCACUUCUUAUGGAUGAGUCUUGACACGAGGCUUGAUUU